UUGGGGUCGCACCUUGUGGCCGUUAUUGGCGCCCUCUGCUCUUGGUUUUUGGUACUCACUGGAGCAACCCGGCACCCUCCCUACUUACUGUAGGAUUCUGGGCAUUAAAGAGUGGGAGAGCAGUUCUCUGGUUGUGUCCAAGGAGAGGCCAUCUCCUUUCAGAGUUAGUCAAAAUGAGCGAGUCCUCGGGAGGCUGCACGUACACGGAGACCUCGGUAUUAUUUUUCCAUUUCAAGGUCCCAAAAAGUUCAAAGUCCAAGAUGGCAACCCUCAAGGACCAGCUGAUUGUGAAUCUACUUAAGGAAGAACAGGCCCCCCAGAACAAGAUUACGGUUGUUGGGGUUGGUGCUGUGGGCAUGGCCUGUGCCAUCAGUAUCCUAAUGAAGGACUUAGCAGACGAGCUUGCCCUUGUUGAUGUCAUGGAAGACAAGCUGAAGGGAGAGAUGAUGGAUCUCCAGCAUGGCAGCCUUUUCCUCAGAACACCGAAAAUUGUCUCUGGCAAAGACUACAGUGUCACUGCAAACUCCAAGCUGGUGAUUAUCACGGCGGGGGCCCGUCAGCAAGAGGGAGAGAGCCGACUCAAUCUGGUCCAGAGAAACGUGAACAUCUUCAAGUUCAUUAUUCCCAACGUUGUGAAGUACAGUCCAGACUGCAAGCUGCUGAUUGUUUCAAACCCAGUGGAUAUCUUGACCUACGUGGCUUGGAAAAUAAGUGGCUUUCCCAAAAACCGAGUUAUCGGGAGUGGCUGCAAUCUAGAUUCAGCUCGGUUCCGUUAUCUCAUGGGAGAAAGACUGGGCGUUCACCCGCUAAGCUGUCAUGGAUGGGUCCUAGGGGAGCAUGGAGACUCGAGCGUGCCCGUGUGGAGUGGUGUGAAUGUGGCUGGUGUCUCUCUGAAGAAUCUGAACCCAGAACUGGGCACUGAUGCCGACAAGGAGCAGUGGAAGGAGGUGCACAAGCAGGUGGUUGACAGUGCCUAUGAGGUGAUCAAACUGAAAGGUUACACGUCCUGGGCCAUCGGCCUGUCUGUGGCUGACUUGGCCGAGAGCAUCAUGAAGAAUCUGAGGCGGGUGCAUCCCAUUUCUACCAUGAUUAAGGGUCUCUAUGGGAUCAAGGAUGACGUCUUCCUCAGUGUCCCCUGUGUCCUGGGACAAAACGGAAUCUCAGAUGUUGUGAAGGUGACCCUGACACCUGAAGAGGAGGCCCGCUUGAAGAAGAGUGCAGACACGCUCUGGGGGAUCCAGAAAGAGCUGCAGUUCUAAAGUCCUCCAAUACCCUAGUCCUUCGCCGUCCAGGCUACAGCAGGGUUUCUAUGGAGGUCAGACACAUCUGCUCAUCUGAGCUGUGGUUGGUGUGGUUGUGUUUAGGUGGCCUGGAGAAAACCUCAGCUCUACCCUGAUGCUAAGUGGUACAAGGAUGACCUGGUCCCACAGACUCCAAGACACACUGCCAACUGUGUGCAGGCUUCAGUUACCCAUAAGCCUGUGCUGCCCACUCUCACCAAACAUGCCUCGGUCAAUGAGUUCCCCAUUAGUCACAACCUGGCUCCAGUGUGCAAAUCCAUUAUGCGUACCUUGUGCAUAACUACUCUAAAGGAUGUUAUUUUGUGUAUUACAUGUAGUGUACAUUGAAAUAUUGUAUAUGAAGUGAGAUCUGCAUAUGGACGAUGCAAUCAACUACCCAAGUGUCAUGCCAACGAAAACACCAAAUAAACCUCCAACAGUGA